UAUUAAAAAUUGAUCAUAAAAUCUCAAUCAGUUUGAAAACCCCCCAAUAAUAAAAUAAAGUUAUCAUUUUACCCCAACUCUGUCAAUUGGACGUCAAGGGUACGUGAAAUGACUAAAUUACUCUUAUUAUAUUCUCUUUUAUUUAAAAAAUCAUUUUUUUGAAAUUACAAUACUAUCUUUUUAGCAAAAAAUCAUAUUUUUGAAAAAACCAGAGGAGGAGUAUGAAGGCUGCCGAAGCCAAAUUAGCAAUUCCUCUUCAAAAAUAUACACAGCGUGAUGCUAACUGCGCGGCUUCUGUCCUCCUCAUCCUCGUUCAACCAAAUUACCAGACUACUCACCAAGAGCCAGACUCAUCAACAACGAAGCUGCAAGAGAAUGGCUUCAACUGUCAAAGCAUCAAUUGAAGGAACCGCAGAGAAGCUCACUGCACCAUAUGGUUCUUGGAAGUCCCCUAUCACCGCCGAUGUUGUCUCUGGCGGCGAGAAGCGUCUCGGCGGCACAGCCGUCGACGGCCAUGGCCACCUAGUUUGGCUCGAAUCUCGCCCCACCGAAUCAGGACGAAUGGUUCUUGUUAAAGAACCAGAGAAACCAGGGGAUGAACCUAUCGAUAUUAUGCCGAAAGAGUUUGAGGUGCGAACAGUGGCUCAAGAAUGUGGAGGUGGUGCAUUCAGGAUUUUAGGGGACACUCUAAUUUUCUCGAAUUACAAAGAUCAAAUACUGUACAAACAGUCAAUUGUAUCUAGAGGUUUAUCUUUGAUCAUGUAUACCAUGAAGAUUGCAUUGAUCAUUGGCUGGAGAUAGGUAACUUUUGUCCGAUUUGUCGCUUCAAGAUGUCGACAGCUGAAUGAUUUGGAUUAGAAUUGUUUUUUUUUUUUUUCAUCCAUUGUAAUAGCACUGUAAAUGUAACGACAUUUUUUAUAACAUAUAUAAAUUGUUUGUUUUUAUCA